GGGUGUACAAAAUGAGCAAGAAGAAAAACAAAACUGAUGAAGGUAUUGAAACCACAAUUGAUAUUGAAGAUGUAAAAAGUACGGCCAAUUCUGAGAAGAAAACUUCAAUAGAUUGUGAAUAUUUAGAAAAAAUAAAUGAAAAACUCAGACGAGAGGUUGAACAACAAUCUGAUAAAUUCUCACUUUACGUAAAGCUGCUUACCGAGAAGGAUAAAAUAAUUCAUCAACUCACAAAAGAGGACAGGAGAUUUCAAAAGCAGUAUGAUUUAUUAAGGUGUCACAUCGCAGAGAAGGAAUCUAUUACUUAUACUCUUAAGAAAGUGAGCUCCGGAAUUCAAGUGAUUGAAAAAGUUUACAGGGUGUCAGAACCGAAGAUGAUGAGGCCAAAGAUAAAAAUAGUUUGUUAUCGCAGCCAUGAAAGAAUUACUGAAACCGACCGAUCAUUGGACAAAAUCACAGCAUAUCCCAAGAAGACAUCAAAAUUAACUAUAUCAAGUAUAUUACCUUGAAAAGCAUGUAUAUUGUACAUGUGGAGGUAUCAGGUAAUUUUUUCAAAAAAAAUGUUUGAUGGCAAUGAUGGCAAAAUUCUUAUUGGCUUUCAGAACGUAACAGUACAUCAAAAUCAUGAUGGUAUAUUAUGCA